UCCUCGGCCUCUGCUCGUCCUCGUCGCCUCUCCAACGAGCAAACCCUAUGUUUCCACCCCGUGAUCACGCGGCCAGCAUUCUUACCCUUCUGCUUGGUUGCACCGAUCCGAGGUCGGAAGCACAAUAAAAUCUUGAAUUCCUUUUUUUUCGUUUUUUUUUCGGAGUUCUUUCGGUGACCCCGAGAAUAAUUCCUCUGUUUCUUGCCUCAAGUUUGGCGAUUGACAAAGAUUGAAUGUGGUUUCUGGUGGGGAUAUGGCUUGUGUUGUGUUGGGAGCUGAUUUGAUGCGGAGGUUGAGCUGCCGAUGCGAUGAAAAGGAUCGACCGCGGGUGGAAUAUUGAUGCAAGAAACGAUGGAUGCGAAAAUUAUCGGGGUUUUCAUUGCUUCUUUUAGUUUGUUGUGUGUUCUGGUGAUGAAAGGAUCGGUAGGGAGGCUGGGGAUAAAGAGAUUGCUGUUGGGAUGGGGAGAUUCUAAGUUGAUGGGUCCUAUGCUGCACGAAGACACGGGUUCUAUGUGUGUUUCUGAAGUCAUGAUAUCUCUACCCCCUGACAUAAAACAUGAAGUUAUCAAAUGUCUUGUUAGGAAAGGAUUCCACUUUGAUAUUUCUGGUGAAUAUUAUAGACUGGAAAAUAUGUAUUUUGAGUGUUUGGAAUUGAUACAUAGUUGCCAUCCUGUUCUAAGAAGACAUUUAGCAGAUAUGCCUCAAAAUACUGCACCUGCCAUGUCUCCAGCUUCAGGACCUUCUCCUGCUUCAGCUUUGUCACCUAAUACAAGGGUUGAACAGCAAACACCCACUCCAACUCGAUCACCAUCUUAUGAUCUUGCACCUGCAAGCUCUCCACCUCCCAAUCAGCAGAUAUCAGUUUUGCCCACUAACAUUUCUCCAUCAGAACCAUCCAAAACAAAUCCAGGUGUUGCUUCAUUUUUACACGAGGAGGAGCAAAAAAACAAGAUUAAAUUAAUUAUUAUUGCUGUGCUGAUAUCUUCAGCUGGGACAACUCUUCUUCUUGCAUGUGUAUUCUGUUGUUAUCAGAAAUGCUGUAGACAAAAUAACUCCUCCAUAAAGGAAAGGGAUGAAGGGGCCCUCUUGCAUGUAGGCUUACAUGACUUGGCUGGCUCACCAAUAAAAUCAUUUGGACCAGUGGUUUCAAAUCAUAAGGAUAAACAUGGAGAUUUUUCAGGAUAUCACUGUACUCCAGCUGUUCCAUCUUUUGGUCUCAAAGAUGCUUCUGAACCGAAGGCACAUCUUCCUCAUCCUCCUGGGGGGUCUACUCUUUCAACUAUUAACCUUCCUGCACAAUCUCCUGUUGUCCCACCUCCACCACCUGCUGCUGUCCCUCCUCCACCUGCUAUCCCUCCACCAUCUGCUCCACGACCACCAUUACCAAACCGAAAGAUUGGUGCUCGGCCUCCUCCACCACCACCAAAAGCUACUCAUCCAUCUCAAGGAAGUUCAAGAACUACACAACCAUCAAAUCUUGGACCCAAUCAUUUAGGAAGCCUCGAUGGAGAUGGCGAUGGCACUGCUCCUAAGACAAAGCUGAAGCCAUUCUUUUGGGAUAAAGUUCUUGCAAACCCGGAUCAGUCCAAUGUCUGGCAUCAGAUUAGAUCAGGAUCUUUUCAGUUUGAUGAAGAUAUGAUAGAAACACUAUUUAGCUACAGUUCUGCUGGUGGUAAGAACAAUGGCAAAGGGAAGAAGGAAUCCCCCCCUGGUGAAACUUCUACUCAGUAUAUUCAGCUUCUUGAUCCAAAGAAGUCACAGAAUUUGGCAAUAUCAUUAAAGGCUUUGGGUGUCAAAAAACAAGAAGUCCAUGAUGCACUCAUGGAAGCAAAUGAGCUUCCUACCGCUCUUCUGCAAACAUUGUUGAGAAUGCAACCAACAACAGAUGAAGAGUUGAAGCUUCGGCUGUAUGAUGGUGAUUUGUCAUUACUGGGACCAGCAGAACAAUUCCUGAAGGACUUAGUUCAUAUUCCUCUUGCCUACAAAAGGAUGGAUGUUCUGCUAUUCAUGUCUACGCUACGUGAAGAUGUCUCAAGCAUAAAGGAAUCAUUUGAAACUCUGGAGGUAGCUUGCACAGAGCUCAGAAGCAAUCGUUUGUUCUUGAAGCUAUUAGAAGCUGUUCUUAAAACUGGCAACCGCAUGAAUGAUGGAACCUACCGUGGAGGUGCUCAAGCUUUCAAGCUUGACACGCUCUUAAAGUUGUCAGAUGUUAAGGGUGCCGAUGGGAAGACCACUCUGUUGCAUUUUGUUGUUCAAGAGAUCAUUCGUUCUGAAGGUGUACGUGCUGUACGUUUGGCAAGACAAAGUGGAAACAUGUCCUGCCUCACAAAUUACAGUCUUAACUCUGAUGAUUUUGGUGAACAUUCUCCUAGAGAAUCUGGAGAAGAUUACCAUGACAUUGGCCUUAAGGUUGUUUCUUGUCUGAGCAGUGAGCUUCAGAAUGUCAAGAAGGCAGCAGGAUUGGAUGCUGAUGCCAUAACAAGUGCAGUGGCAAGCUUUGGGCACAGACUAAUGGAGAAUAAGGAGUUCCUGAACACUGACAUGAAAAGUCUGGAAGAGAAUAGUGGGUUUCACCAUUCACUGCAGUGCUUCGUGGAGAAUGCUGAGGUUGCCAUAAAUUUCUUGUUGGAAGAAGAACGAAGAAUAAGAUCCUUGGUGCAGAACACCACAGAUUAUUUUCAGGGGAAUACAGGGAAAGAAGAAGGCUUGCGGUUAUUUGUCAUUGUGCGAGAUUUUCUUGGCAUGUUAGAUAAGGCAUGCAAAGAAAUAAGGGAGUCACCAAAUAAAGUUUCAAAGACACCAAAAGUUAAGGGCAGUCCAAGGGCAGCUCCUAUUCCUGAUCCUCGGCAGCUAUUAUUUCCUGCAAUCGUGGAUCAACGGGUGGAUAGUUCCAGUUCGGAUGAAGAGGGACCCUAAAUUUUGGUUAGACGAGAAUUUUGAAUUGUCUCUAGGAUAUUCCUGGCUUCAAGAUUCCUCUAAGGAGUGUUUGUCAUCUUGAGUUGCAUCUUUAUUCGGGUGGAUCUGAAGUUUAUCAUGUACUCAGCAACUUGGGAUUCCUAGGCAAAUGCUUCUGUAGUCAUGCUAUUUAGAUUAUACAAGACCAAGCAACUCAUGAGAUCAUGGAGAAGAGCAGGAAUCAAAGAAAGGUUUAAAGGACAACAAGCACUGGGCUAGAUAAGUGGGGAGCAAUCAAAGCACCAUGACAUGAAGGAUAUAUAUACAACUCAAAGCUGUGAUGAAAAAUUCUGGUCUAACCAGGAAAGGUAUGGGAAUAUUUGUACUCUGUUUCUGUAAGAUAUGUUGGGCAUAUGAAGAAGACAAAUAGGUAAUUGUGGUUCUGGUUUUAGACUUCCCUGCAAGGAUAACCCUAUUAGUUGGUGGUCUGCAACUAAUUGUGCCUAUUUUCAUCUGUGAUUCAAUGAUCAUGCAUAAUAAUUCCCCAGGUAAUGUCUUUCUGAGAAAAGCAAUGUUAUCAUCUAUUUAUCUGAGAAAAAAAGGGGACAAGUAGAUGCACAUCAUUUGGUUGUACAGAUCAUGCAUAAUAAUCUUUGAUUCCCCUUUA